AUGAGAUGUUUGCUUGUUCUUUUACAGUUGUUGCUCGCUGUAGUUAUAAGUGAUCAACAUUUGAAUGCUAACGGUCCUUUUGGUAAACAGCAUACUGUCAAUGAUGGACCAAGUCCUUAUGCAUGUGACCGAGGUUCAGGUGUAGCAGCUCCAUUUGCUCUACGACGGUUAAGAUCGGCACAACAGAUGAAUGUGUCUAAAACUCUAUAUGUCAGUAGUGAACCAAUUCAAGUAUCUUGGAUACCUGUAUCACAACCAUGUCAAGAUGAUUUUGUUGGCGUUUUCUAUACCGAAGUUCCGGAUCAAAAUCCAUGUGAAUAUUUUGACUAUGAAUUUGUUCAAAGAAAUCAAAGUAGCACUACUUGGUAUAUGACGAAUCUUCGUCGUUCACUAGAUUUUCGUUACUAUUCACGGCAACCAAAAUGCACUGGUAAUUAUACACUUAUUGCAAAAUCACCCGUCAUUCAACCGAUCAAUUAUAACGAACCAACGCAUAUUCAUAUUGCCUAUGGUGAUCGAAUUGAUCAGAUGUAUGUUUCGUAUUUAACGAAUUCAUUACAAUACACACCACAAUGUCUAUAUGGAUUAUCACCAACAUCAUUGAACUUCUGUAAGAAUGGUACAUCAAUAACUUAUAAAGCAUCGGACAUGUGUGAAACAAAAGCUACGAUAAUUGGACCACAGAAUUUUAUCGAUCCAGGAUACAUGCAUACAGUAUUAUUAGAAGAUCUUCGACCAUCGACUACUUAUUUCUAUCGUGUUGGAACCGAUGAACACGGUUGGUCGAGUGUUUAUUCAUUCACUAAUCGACCAGCUACUAAAGAAGAAUCAGUUUAUAUCAUAGCUUAUGGAGAUAUGGGUUUAGCACCUGUUGAACCGGGUGCAAAAUCUACGAUCGAACGAGUUGUUGCAAGAGUCAAUUCUACUAAUGUUACGUGUCUAUUACAUAUUGGUGACAUUAGUUAUGCACGUGGAAUUGGUGCACUAUGGGAUGCAUUUAUGACACAAAUACAACCCAUAGCUGCCCGUGUGCCUUAUAUGACUGGUAUCGGCAACCAUGAGUAUGAUCAUGAAACUGGUGGCGAAAAAGAUCCUAGUCAUGCACCUGGUCAAGGUGGAUUUCGACCAAUAUGGGGUAAUUAUGGUAGAGACUCAGGUGGUGAAUGUGCUGUUCCUAUGGUUCAUCGUUUUCAUUCACCAUCGAAUGGAAAUGGUCUCUUUUGGUACAGUUUUAAUGUUGGUCCAGUUCAUGUUCUUAUGUUCUCAACUGAACAUGAUUUCCGUCCCAAAUCCACUCAAUACGAAUGGAUGGAAAAUAAUUUGCGUUCUGUUAAUCGUUCGUUAACACCAUGGCUGAUUGUUGGUUCGCAUCGACAAAUGUACGAAUCGAAAGAUGAUAGUACCGGUGAAAAUCUUGUAGCAAAAUAUCUUCGACUACAUGUAGAACCAUUACUUUAUAAAUAUCAUGUUGAUGUUAAUCUAUUCGCUCAUAGUCAUUCAUAUGAACGAACUUGCCCAAUGUAUCAGAACAAAUGCGUCUCAGAUGGUAUUACACAUGUCUUAAUCGGUAUGGCUGGUCAAAACUUAGAAUAUGACAAAUACAAAUCUGUUGAAUGGAGUAAAUAUCAUGAUCUUGAAUAUGGAUACACUACAAUUUACGCUAAUCAAACCUAUUUACAUUUUACGUAUUACCAUGAUAGUAAUGAUCAAGUUGCUGAUGAAUUUGAACUCCAUAAAUGA